AGAAGGGCAUAAUUUUACAAAAAUAUCCACAACACAAGAUUAUUUUUUUAAAAAAAUGCUUAAUUCACAUCCACAAUCAUCACAAACUUUGCAAAGUAUCCUGUCUUCUUAUCUAUGGUGACUGGAGCAUUGGAUCCACCGAAGUAACGCCAAGGUUCAAGCGGAGAGCAGGCGAUGGCGAUGGGCGGAGGAGAGGCACAGCCCGCGAAACAACUCGAGGAAUGCACUGUUUCCAAUGCACUUGGGACAUGGGUCUUUUCUGUUGCCGGUGCUUUGCUUGCAAUACCAGUGGGUAUAAAGAGGAAGUCAUUAGGACCCCUUGUAUUCUUUGGGACAACCGGGACCAUGCUUGAUAUCAUUAUGGGAAUCAAUGCCUGUGAGAGAGAACACGCCGAACGCCAGAUGAAGCUUAUGGAAGCACAAAGUCCUCCACCAGACACCACCGCCAUAGAGUGAUCAUUUUGUCGGAUUGCUUUUGAUUCUGCCAUGGCCGUAUUACUCCAUUUGUGCUUCUUUGUGUUCUGAGUCUAAUUUCUAGUGUUGGUAAGUAUGAGUCUUGUGUGUGUGCUCUUAGUGUUCUCAUGCUCUUGAUAUCAUGUUGUUGUUGUGUGUACUCUUGUAUUCGAGCCAGGAAUAUCUUGAAAACAGCAUCAUUACUGCCAAGUAGGGAUAAAGUAUGUCUACAGAUAUCCUCUCCAGAUUUUACUGAGUUUGUUAUUGUUGUUGUUGAACGAGGCAAUACCUACCGAGUUUGGCUUGAGACAAAAUGUAAUGAACUUAUUUCAAGCCCAUCUUUUUUCUUAUCCGGGGUGAUUUACUACUAUUC